AUGAAGGAAGAGCUCAGCAAAGUGAGCAGUAUGCAAAAUUUCGAGAUGAUCCAGCGUGAACGAUUGCCAACAUUGUAUGAAGUGUUAAUACAGAGGACAUCGCAGCCAGUUGAUCUCUGGACUUUUUAUACAUUUCUUUCACAAUUCCCAUAUGCCAUCAACUAUCUGGACUUUUGGGUUGACCUUAUGACACAUACACGACUUUGCAAAAACUACAUAGAGUUGGUAAGAAAAUCAUUAAUCAACUUUCCACAAGAACAACAGCAGAAUGGAAGUACAUCUACGGCUACAUUUGACUUGCUGAACGCACUGAUAGAAGAAGGGCACCUAGACCCGGAAGCACCUGAUAAACUCUUAGAAAAUAGCGGCCCAGACGUGCCCUUUUCACCAAAAUUAAACGAAUUGCUGGGUGAUUGGAAGCACCAAUCGGGUAUCGGUCAAGAAGCCCUGAGAAACGAAGACGUAGCGCUGAUCGUCGACGAGAUAAUGAAAAGGCGCUCCCAACAAGACGGAAAACCGCAGAUAACUACAAAACAACUGCUGCACAGCGCAGUUGGUCUCUGCAACACCUAUUUAGUAUCGCCCGAACAAAGCGAACGGUACCUGAGCAACAUCCCCAUGGAAACGCGGAACCGCAUAAUAGAAAGCGUACAAAUCGAGCGAAAGUACGACAUUGAGAUUUUUGACGACCUAAAAAACCUAACUUACCAAUUCCUAGAAAUGGAUUGUUUCCCAAAAUUUCUAAGCCGCGUCGCACUACACAACAUCCACGAUGAAAUAUCUGAUUGGAGAUUCCACUCAGUGGGCGUCACCAACGAAAAAAGCAAUCGCUCUCGAGGCCAGACGCACAUUUCUCGCUCGCCAUUCUCCAAUCACACGUCAAUCAGUCGUAUUGGCUUUGGUUUGCUCUGGCUAGGCAUCGGCUUUUGGAUCGGAUAUGUUCUAAUCUUCCUGGCGUAUAGUCGCGCAAUCCGUGUCGUUACGGUCGUGCCAUUUACACUGGGAUGCUACUGCAUUGUGUGUGGCAUGUAUCAAGUGGACAUUGUGUAUUCCUGGUUUGGCGUCACACAGAGACUUCUCCACAGACACAAAAACGCUGGCAAUGACGAAGGAGAUGCUUCUAGUGAUACCGAUCACGUGCCAAUGAUACUUGCGGUGUUCGGCGGUAGGCGCCGUCUUACCCGCAUAGAGCACCCAUUUACUCGGCAGCUUCUACGUAAGCGUGGACUGUGGUGUCUGCUUCUCGUAGUGGGUGCCACUGCCGCAUUCACAGUUAUUUUCAGCUGUGUUCCCGGCCGUCGUGUAUGA